ACCGAAUGUAUCCCGAUAUGCUAGUUGAACGUAGCAAUAGUCACGCGAUAGCAGCGACACCCAUCGUCCAGGUUGUCAACAACUUCCUUUUUCCUUCGUUUCUAAACAGUAAAUGGUUUUGCUGUAAAUACAAAAUAAAUCGCAGCCAUGGUGCGGAUGAACGUAUUGAGUGACGCCCUUAAAUCGAUCAAUAAUGCCGAAAAACGUGGCAAAAGACAAGUGCUAAUUCGCCCGUGCUCGAAGGUAAUCGUCAAGUUUCUAACUGUUAUGAUGAAACAUGGAUACAUCGGCGAAUUCGAAAUUGUCGACGAUCACAGAUCGGGGAAGGUUGUAGUUAAUCUAACCGGUAGAUUAAAUAAAUGUGGUGUUAUUUCGCCUAGAUUUGACGUACCGAUUACACAUAUUGAAAAGUGGACGAAUAACUUACUGCCGUCUCGUCAGUUCGGUUAUAUUGUGUUGACCACAAGUGGAGGUAUUAUGGACCACGAGGAAGCUAGAAGGAAACAUCUUGGUGGCAAAAUACUGGGAUUUUUCUUUUAAUGUAUGAUUAAUUAAAAUAAAACAUCUUUAUUAAUA